AUGAGACCGUCUGCCCUCCUCGUCCCGGCCUGUGGCGCCGUGGCAUCCUGCAGCAGCUCAUCCUCGGACCGUCAUGGUGCCGUCAAUGCCCGGGGUCCUAAGAUGAUCAUCGAGAACGACUGGAACGCGGGUGCCGCACCCCAGUUCCUGAUGGCCUUGGACUACGGGUGGGAUAUCUUGGGGCUCAUCGGUGACACGUCCAACUCCUGGGCCUUGCAAUGCAGCCUGCACGCCCUGGUGCUGCUGGAGAUUGGCAACCUGUCGUCCUGCAUUCCCGUGCACAAGGGAGCUGACUAUCCCUUGCUCAUGACGCCAAAGCUGAUGCAGACCUGGGAGACGAUCAUGGGCCCUCUGCCGUGGGAAGGCGUCUUCAGACCACAGAACGACACGGCCGAGGCGCUGGGUUCGGACCCUACCGACGGAGACCCCGCCCGCAUUGUCAAGGCCGCCUUCACCGAAGGCUACCCCAACACCACCCUGGCCGGCUACCAUGCUGCGGCCUGGAUGAUCGAGCAGGUCCACAAGUAUCCUGGUGAAGUUGUUAUCUACUCUGGAGGAGCCCUCACCAACAUUGCCCUUGCUAUCCGCAUGGACUCAGAUUUUGCAAGCCUGACCAAGGGGUUGUGGAUCAUGGGCGGCUUCGUCGACACGAACGGGCUGAUGUUCAGUGGCGAUACCAUGCAGGCCGAUAUCAACACCGACUUCAACUUCAAGGCAGAUCCCGAGGCCACCAAGAUUGCGUUGAGUGCCGACUUCCCAAACAUCACUCUGGUCUCCAAUGCUGCGAAUGCACCUGAAUUAUUUCCCACAGAUGCAUUACUGGCCGAGGUGGCUGAGGUACGGAACCCCUAUACGAUUCUCCAGCAGAAGGUGACCCAGACCAACUUGCCUUUCUGGGACGAAGCCACGAUGCUUUCGCUGGUCGAUCCCUCGACAAUAAUGAAUCAGACUUCAUUCUACGUGAACGUCGAUACGUCGUUCUACAGCCCGACCUAUGGCAACAUCUGGGCCUACCAGGAGGCUCUCGCCCCAUCACGUCAGACGCUGCGAGAGGUAAACUUUGUCUGGCAGAUAAACGGCACCGCGUUCCAGACAGCGCUGAAGCGGGCGCUACAAUCUCCAAAGACCUGUCCAUGA